UCUGGGGAGGCGGUGGCUCCAGAGAUGGCAGUGAGCGAGAGGAGGGGGCUCGACCGCGGGAGACCCGGGGAGUGGGGCCAGGGGCUCCUUCUACUACUGCUGCUGGACAGUUGCUCGGGGCGCAUCCACCGGCUGGCGCUGACGGGGGAGAAGCGCGCGGACAUCCAGCUGAACAGCUUCGGCUUCUACACCAAUGGCUUCCUGGAGGUGGACCUGAGCCUCCUGCGACUGGGCCUCCAGAAGGGAGAAAAGACCCCGCUGGUGGGGUUCAGUCUGACCCGAGUUCGAUCUGGCAGCAUUAGAUCCUAUUCGACCCGGGACCCCCUUGACUGUCCACUCCAUAAAAAUAGUAGCAACCUCCUGGUUCUCUUCCUCAUUGACACCAAAGAUCUUCGAGUCCAGGUACGAAAGUAUGGGGCACAGAAGAAGCUGUUUAUCUUUCCCGGGCUCCUCCCUGAAACACCCUCUGAAGCAGAGCUCCCGAAGGCAGCACACACAGUCACCGCUAGGGUGGACAGUGGGACCACCAUGGAUCCCAGCAAGGCCAAGUCAAAGCCCACAGUGCCUCAAAGAGACCAGCAGGGCUCCAGUGGGGAAGAUAAGGAGCUGGUGUUGGGCCUGAGCCACCUCAACAACUCCUACAACUUCAGUUUCCACGUGGUGAUUGGCUCUAGGGAUGAGGAAGGCCAGUACAACCUCAACUUCCACAACUGCUACAACUCAGUGCCGGGGCAGGAGCAGCCGUUCGACAUCACAGUGACAAUUCGGGAAAAGAACCCCGAGGGCUUUCUGUCUGCCGCGGAAAUCCCCCUUUUCAAGCUCUACAUGGUCAUGUCUGCCUGCUUCCUGGCCGCCGGCCUCUUCUGGGUGUCCGUGCUCUGCAGGAACACGCACAGUGUCUUCAAGAUCCACUGGCUCAUGGCGGCCCUGGCCUUCACCAAGAGCAUCUCCCUGCUUUUCCACAGUAUCAACUACUACUUCAUCAACAGCCAGGGUCACCCCAUCGAAGGCCUCGCCGUCAUGCACUACAUCACACACCUGCUGAAGGGUGCGCUCCUCUUCAUCACCAUCGCCCUGAUCGGCUCCGGCUGGGCAUUUGUCAAGUACGUGCUGUCAGAUAAGGAGAAGAAGAUCUUCGGCAUCGUGAUCCCACUGCAGGUGCUGGCCAACGUGGCCUACAUCGUCAUCGAGUCCCGCGAGGAGGGCGCCAGCGACUACAUGCUCUGGAAGGAGAUCCUCUUCCUGGUGGAUCUAGUCUGCUGCGGCGCCAUCCUCUUCCCGGUGGUCUGGUCCAUCCGGCAUCUCCAGGACGCAUCGGGCACCGACGGGAAAGUGGCAGUGAAUCUGGCCAAGCUGAAGCUGUUCAGGCACUACUACGUCAUGGUCAUCUGCUACGUCUACUUCACGCGCAUCAUCGCCAUCCUCCUGCGUGUGGCCGUGCCCUUCCAGUGGCAGUGGCUGUGCCAGCUCUUGGUGGAAGGCUCCACGCUGGCCUUCUUCGUGCUCACCGGCUACAAGUUCCAGCCCGCAGGGGACAACCCGUACUUGCAGCUGCCCCAGGAGGACGAGGAGGAUGUGCAGAUGGAGCAAGUAAUGACUGAUUCUGGGUUCCGGGAAGGCCUGUCCAAAGUCAACAAAACAGCCAGUGGACGGGAGCUGCUAUGAUCACGUCCCGCCUGGGCCCGCCCUGCGUCCCCCUCUGUCCUCUUCUCACUCACCCUCCACACUCAGCUCCUCUCCCUCAGUGCGUGGGGAACCAGUGGGUGCCCAUGUGCGGUUAACGCCCAGCGGGUGGGCCCAGCACCCCUCAGCCACUGGGCCGCCUCCUGACUCUGCACCUCUAGAAUGACUGAUUCUGGGUUCCGGGAAGGCCUGUCCAAAGUCAACAAAACAGCCAGAGGACGGGAGCUGCUAUGAUCACGUCCCGCCUGGGCCCACCCUGCAUCCCCCUCUGUCCUCUUCUCACUCACCCUCCACACUCAGCUCCUCUCCCUCAGUGCGUGGGGAGCCAGUGGGUGCCCAUGUGCGGUUAACGCCCAACCCCGAGUUCCUGGAGCCCAGUCAGAAGAAGACAGAAGUCCCAUCCCCCCCACCCAGGCCUGCUCACAGCCCUCCCCUGCCUCCAGCUGUACAAUAAUGACCACUCCGUUUUGCUA